AUGUAAAAAAAUAUACUAAGUUUGCUAAUUACUAUUCUUCUAACUUUAUUUGAGUAUUACAAUUUGUUAUUAAAGAUAAGUUUAUUCAAAUUGCAAUUACAUAAGUGCAGGGUCUAUAAUAUUAAGUUUAUCUAAUCCAGAGUAAGAAAUAGAUGUUAAAUUGGAAAGUAGGAUUUUAAACUCUAAAGAAAAUAUAGGGUAUGGUUUAUGGGUGAAAUAUUAACCAUUCAUUCCAAUUUCAGAUAUAAGUAUUGGUAUAAUUAUUUAUAGGUGUUAUCAGGUUUUUCAGGAAAAGGUUAAAUAUCAUCAGGAUAGUUCAUAUAUUUACUAGAGUAAAAAGAAACAAAAUUCAAUUUAUUAACUUUUUAUAUUUCUAUUUCUGAUUAAACAUAAACAAUUACUCAUAAUGUAUUUUAUUCUUUUAAAAAAACAACUGGUACUAUAGUAUUUAAUUUCGAAUAUGAAAAAUAUGAAGGAUAAUGGUUAUUAUUUUAUUUCUAUUUUAAUCUAUUAUCAGAAUCAACCAUGAUUGGAUUUUAUUAAUUGGAAUAAAUAAUUACAACAAAAACAUAAACAAUAAAUGACAUACCUGCUUUAGUCAAGGAAAUUACACAUUAAAUAGGAGGGAAAUAAGAUGUAAUAAAUUAAUUUGGAGAGGAGUUAAGAUUAACUUAGUUUAUUGGAAGAUUGUCAUCAGUUUUCAGUUAAGGGUCAGUAAAUAUAUUUUAAGACUUGGAGACAUUUUUAUUAGAUUGUUCCAUAGAAACUGAGUGUUAAGGAUCUACUUAUACAUUAUCAAGUAAUAAUUAAGUAUUUUUGGGAUUGAAAUAUUUAUUUGGUAGUACAAGUGUAUUUGAAUAUCCAAUAUAUGUAAUAAAAGGAUGGUUAAAAUUAUAAUUAUUUGAGAAAUCACCUCUUGAUACUGUGAUUUUUAGAGUUACAAUAAAUCAAGACUAUUAAGAUGACAUGGAGAUUGGAGAUAAAGAUAUCUAUUUAAAAUAUCAUCAGAAUGUCAUUCCAGAAUCUAAUGGAUUUUCAAUAACCACAUAUUCAUACAAUUUUCCGACUUCAAAUAGAUACACUAGUACUGCCUCAGAUAUCAUAAGUAAUUUUGGAGCAUAAUACUUGGAAUUAUUUAUUAAGUGGCAUUAUAUAUAAUAUGAAAUUGGAACAAAUAAUAACUAAGGGUAACCAGUUUUUAUGAUGUAUUUUCCAUCACUAAUGGUUAAGUAGAAAAUAUAUAAAUGGAAUAAUUAAAUCAAACAUUUCACAGGAACAAAAAUGUAUUAUUAUGUUGGAGGAGAUAAAUAAAGCAAAAACUAUUUGAGAGGAUACAUCAGUGAUAUGUCAUUAAGUUCUUAUUGCACAACUCCUACUAUUACACUAUCUCCUAAUUGUCAUUAUUCAUGUCUGACCUGCGAUGGCCCUAAUAGCAAUAAUUGUUUAUCUUGUCCAUUAAAUAGUCAAAGAAUUUAAUCUAUUACUUAAAAGAUUUGUGCUUGCAAAAAAAAAUAUGUAGAUAUUGAAAAUGAACCAAUUUGCAAACCAGUAUCAGAAAUCUUUCCAUAAAUGACAGAGGUGGAAUAGGAAUUACAUUGUGAUACUCAAGGUAAUGAUGUUUGUACUAUAGAGAAAAAGGAAUGUUCAUUUGGUUAUUUCUAAUAUGAAGAAUAUUGCAUAUAAUGGUAUUUUAUAAAUAAAAUAUAGUCCUGGUUAUUCAUCAUUUAAUACAAGAAGUAUGAUUUAGUGUUCAAAUUGUUUGUUUUACCCAGAUAACUUUUAAUAAUCAUUUAAGUGUACACAAGACACAAUCACAUAUGAAUAUAAUGAAAAUUUUUCAUAUUACACUGUCAACAGAAUGGAGAGAGAUGUAGAAUUUUAUAAUAUAAUUGAAAAUGGAAAUGGAGAUUAUGAAUUAAUUCUAAAGUAUGGAUUUGAUAAAUCUGAUUAAUGUAAAAAAGGAUACUUUUUAAAAAAUAAUAAUUGUAUUUCCUGUGUUCAAGGAUGCCAAACUUGUCAACAUGAAUCACUUUGUCAAACAUGUUCUUCUGGUUAUGUUUUAACAGGAGAUUUUUCAUGUACACAAUGCUUAGGAUGUACAGAUUGUACUAUAUAAUCGGAAAUAGUUUUAUGCAAUAUAUGUGCAACUGGAACAUACCUAUCAUCAAAUGGGUCUUGUAUUCCUUGUGGAUAGAAUUGUGCAAGUUGUGAUUCAAAUGGAAUUUGUCAAUACUGUGAUGAUCCUACUAAGUACUUUUAAACAUUUGAUGGUUAUAAUUGCUAACCUUGCAGUAUCUAAAAUUGUAUUUAUUGCUAUUAAUACUACGUUAAAAAUGGUAUUACUUAUACAACUCUUGAUAUAAAUUAUGAAAUUCUAAAAUCAAGUUAAGAAUAAUUUUAUAUUGGAUGUGCACUUUGUUAAACUAAUCUUUAUUAUAAUUUAUUAACAUUAACUUGUUCAGAAAAACCUGUUACAUCUACAACAACUACAACUGAUCCAAUUAGUGGAGGUGGUGGAGGUGGUGGUGGUGGAGGUGAUGGUCCAUUUGACUAAAUUGAUGAUUGCACUUUUGGGCUCAUUAUCGAUACUACUGGUGAUACUGAAUGCUUGAUUAGCACAACAAGUAAAACUUCUACCCAAAAUAGAGAUUGUAUAUCAAUCUCAAAUUGUUAAGAAUGUAUUGAAAAAUAUAGUUUAACCAUAACUUUUUGCAUAGUCUGUGUAGAUGGUUUUUAUUCAUCAAUAUUAACUGGUUAAUGUUUAUAAUGUGAUACUAAUUGUAAGACUUGUAUUUAAUAGAGUUAAACUUAUCAAGAUUAUUGGAAAUGGAAUAUAAAGGCUUAUUAUAAAUAUAUUUUUAAUUAAGAUGAUUCUCACUCCUUUGAAACCUAUGCAGUAGAAACUUUUCAAAAUAAUUUUGAAGUAAUUUGCACAUCCUGUCCUUUAGGAUAUAUUUUGGAUAAUCAUAAGUGUAUCAAGAAUUGUGAUUUGGAAUGCACUAAAUGUCAAAUUAUAAAUGGGGUUGCAACAUGUGUAUAAUGUUUGGAAACUCCAUAUGGAUUUUUAAAAAGCUAAGAUUCAAAUGGUGAAUGUUUAGCUUGUCCAAGUAAUUGUGGAGCAUGUUUAGAAAGAACUCCAUCUGAGAUAACAAAAUUCAAUCCAUAUUUUAUAUCCUCUACUUCAAACUUAAAAUAUACUAGAAUUUGUUAUGAAAAAUUCAAUUUAGAUUCUCCUGAGGGUUAAUAUUUUAAUGAUCAAUUAUUAAAAACUAUUACCUUUUGUGAAACAUAUAAUAAAUGCUAUUAUUAAGUUAUAUUGGUUUAAAACAUUUAUUGUUCUUAUAAUCAUUUUAAUUAAACUGCUGAUAGUUUAUCAGGAGAAAGUUAAAAUCUUUUUAAGAUGAAAAAUAUUUAUAUAGCUGAUCUCUUUUAAAAGAAAUAUUUAUCUGCUGUUGAAACAUCAGGAUUAUUUUAGUAUCUAAAUGAGAAAGUAAUAAGGGAAGUAGUUUUUGAAUAUACACUAAUUUAACAAAAUGGAGAGGUUUGCAUCAUACCAUCAUAGUCGUAACUAUUUUCUAAAAUUUAAUAAAAUGUUUUUACUGUUUAAACUGUUAACUUAAAAUUUAUUGGACAAUUAUACCCAACCACUAUCACUUUAGAGUCUACAUUAACUUUGAGUAACUUCACAACAAUUACAUUUCAAAAUAUAUAAUUAGAUACUUUUAAUUAAAUAAACUCCUAAUCAUUGGGUACAGCAAUUAAUUUAGAAAAUUAAGCCAUUAGUCUCAACUUAAUCCUUCAAGACUGUGUUAUUACUACUAAAAAUUCUACACCUAUUAUUACAUCACUUUAUAUUAUGUCUGAAUAAGGUUAUUCUUUGAGUCUCAUUAAUGUAAUAAUAGAAAAUCUAAAAGUUAUAAACUCUGAAAUUUUUUCUUUCAUUUCGAAAUCUUUAUUCAAUUCAAAUAGAUUAAUUGUUUAUAAUUUAAAGAUAAUCAAUUCAUAUUUUUCCGAUACAGAUUUAUUCUACUUUGAAGGAAAAUAGAAUUAACUUUUAUUUAACACUUAGAUGAAAGCUAUUAGCAUUACAAAUACAACAUUUUAAAAUUCAAAUUUAAUGAAAUCCUAAACAUAACUAGACUAUGAUAUUGGUCAAGUGUUAAUUCAAGAAAUUCAACUAAAGGAAGUAAUAAUCAAAGAAAAAUCAUCAUUACUUAGUAUUUAAGGUGCAGAAUCAUUAAAAAUUCAAGGUUUAAUUAUGCUAGACAGUAUCAUUUCUUAAGGCUCAUACCUUUACAUUUGCAAUAUCUUUGAUUUACAGGAUAUAUAUAUAAACAAUACAAAUAUCACUAAUAGCACAAUGCUAAGUAAUGAUGUCGAAUACUCAUAAUCAUCUAAUGCACUAAUUAAUGCAGCUAAAGUGUCAAUUAUUAAUUGCACAAUUGAAAAUGUAAAUUAUAAUAAUUAGUAAGCUAUUAUUAAAUUGAUUUCUCUAGAAAAGAUAUCUGCUCUAAAUGUUUCAAUAAAAUAAUUUAUUUUAUCUAAAAGUGUGAUUACAGACAUAGUACAAAAUAAAUAUAUAUCUUACUAAUAAGCAAUUAUUUAUAUAGAAUGUUAAACAUGUUUAUUCGAGGAUGUGGAAAUAAAUAGAGGACAUGGUUUACCAGAAAUAACAAUUUUAAACUCUUAGAACCUAUCAUUAAAUAGGAUUAAAUUUACUUAAUCUAUAUUAUAUCACUCUAAAACACUUCAUUAAUCAGUUGAUUGCAUGCUCAAUUAUGCCUAUGAUUAUAUGUAUUUUUAUUUAUACAUAGGAUUGUAUUAAAAUAUUACAAUAAAUAAUUUAGAAUUGUUUGAUUCUAUAGCUUUUAAUAAUCCUUAUAUAAUUAUAAAAGCUUAUGAUUUGAUGGAGAAAAUUCAAAAUGAAUAUAUAAAUAUCUAGAAUAGUAGAUUUGAAUCAAAUAUGUUAAUUAUAACAAAAAGAAACAGUGCCACUUCAAUUAUAUCAUUAUAUUCUGAAUAAAAUUGCAAAAUAAGUAUAGACUGUGUAGUAUUUAAUAAAAAUCAUUUAAAUUAAUACAUUUAAGAUUUAUCUAGAUAAUCUGCAUCUACUCUAAUACUGUAAUUAUAAUAAGGUAGUGUUUAAAUAACUAAUACUGUUUUCAAAUAAAAUCUUGUCACUAAUUCAACGGAUUCAAUAUUAUUAAUAAAAUCUAUUGAUGUUUUAUUUCAGAAAAAUAAAUUUUCUAACAACAAUAUUUUGCUACUUUCCAACUUAGUUUAGAAUCUAUUAUUAUUUGAAGACUAAAAAGAUUAUGAUGGGAUGAGUAUUAUGUAAGCAUUUCCAAUUAAUUCAAAAAGUGGAAAUGGUUUAAUAAUAGCCAAUAUAAUCUCAAUAGAUAAGACAUCAGUUAAUAAUUCAUUUUCAUUGUAUGGUGGUGGGUUCUAUAUAAUAGCAUAGGUUACAGGAACUAUCUAUAUUUAGAACUCAAUCUUUUAAAAUACAUUAACUAGUUUAUAAAGUUCUUCAUUUUCAACAGGUGGUUGCCUCUACAUAGAUGCCUAAUUAUCAGAGUUAUAUUUAAGAAUAUAAUCAACAACUAUAGAAAAUGCAUUUAGCAGGAUUUAAGGAGGUGCCAUCUAUAUUGUACCUUCGUAACAAUAAAACUAUAUUAAUCUACAUAAUUUAACAGUGAUAAAUUGCUUUUCCAUCUAAUAUGGUUUUUUCUCAUACUAAUUAUCAAGUCUUUAGAGCAUAAAUUCUGAAGUUUAAUUUAGUGGAAUAUCAUUUAAAAUUACAAAAGCUGGUUUCAUGAAAUAUUUGUCUCUUUUAGUAUCACCAACUAGUGAUGAUAUAGAUUUGAUACGAAAUGAUAACCCUUUGAUUAAAAUAAAAUUUGGAUCUGUAUCAAUAGAAAAUUGCAGUUUUAUAUCAACCCAUAUUUAAUUUUUAAUAGAUAUUGAAUUUGCAACAAAUAUUUUGAUAAAAGAUAUUUUCAUUCUAAAUUCAACAAUCUUGUUUUCUCCUUUGAUAAGAUUAAGUUUAAGAUAAUGUAAUUAUUUUAUAUAUAUUAAAUAGUAUAUGCUGGAAAUAUUUUAUUAAUUAAUAUUAAUGCAGAAAAUGUGAAAUAAUAUACUGAUUAUUCUGAUUCUUUGUGUUUAAUAUCAACAUACCCAAUACUUUAAUCUUUAACAUGUCCUGGAGGUAUCAUAUAAGAAAAUCCAAUUAUAAAUGAAUAUGAUACAUCACUUGAAUAGGAAUAUUAAUAAUUGUGUAAUUAAAAUGAAGUUUAUAAAUAAGCAAAUUAUAAUUUUAGCUUAUUUGAGAUAGAUAAUUUGAAUUCAUCUCAUAGUUUUGAAGUUUAAGGAUUAAAUUUUGACUCUAUAAUUUGUAAAUCAUGUUAAUAUGGCAUCUUUAGAAUUAAGGGUAUAUUUUAAUUAUAGACUGAAAACAUCUUUUUUAAUAAAAUUAAGAUCUUUAAUAGUGAAUGUGGAUAAACAGGAUGUCUUUCAUUAAUAUAAUCAGAAGAUGAUGAAUCUUUUUUAAGAAGUGAUUUACUAUUAGUUAAUAGAAGAAGAUAACUUCAAAAACAUGAUUAUACAAAUUUAAUAUAAUAAUUAGAUUAUUAAGCUAGAAUAAUGAAUAGUAAGUUUUUAAAUAACAAUGCAAUAUAUGGAGGAUCAGUUUUCAUUUUUUAAACAAAAACCUUAAUACAUAAUUGUUUAUUUCAGAAAAAUAAAGCAGAUAUAGGAGGGGCAAUUUAUUAUUAUUCAAAUGAAUCUUCAAUGAUUAUAUUUGAUAGUGAAAUAAUUGAAAAUUAAGCUAAAAUAGCUGGAGGAUUGUAUUUGAAUAAAUAGUAACUUUAGAAAACAAUACAAUUAGAUGUAUUUUUAUCAAAUAAUAAUUCAACUCUUUUUGGAUCAGAUGUUUUUGAGAAUCCAAGAUCUUUGACAAUCUCUGUUGAUGGUGGUCAGACCUUUUUAACCAAAAUUUUGAUAAAAUAAAGUUCAACUAUGAUUAUAGAAAAAAUAAUAGUCACUCCUUAUAAGAUAUUGGGAUAAUCUGAAAGAGUGAAAUAUCUAACAUUUCCUUCUGGUAGAUAAAUAUUUUCUUAUUAAUUUUUUGAUUAAUUUCAAUCAGAGUAUAUCCCUUAUAAUUUAACAUUCCGUAUCAUCGCUCUUAACAAAUAUAAUACUCAAGAGAAAAAAUUAGCUGGAACUACCUGCACAAUGACUCCUUCAAUAAUUAAUACUACUAGUGAAGAAGUAGUACUAGGAUUAAUUGGAAAUUUAUCCUAUAGUAAAGUGAAAUUUAAUGAAACUACUGGUGAUUAUAAUCUAGAUGAUUUAAUCAUCUAUUUCAAUCCAACAUAUGAGGAAGAUAUUGUCUUAAGAUUAAAUAUUUAAUGUAAUAUUAUCUCAAUUCCAGAAUAUGAUGUUACUCCUCCUUAUUUAAUUAAGAAUUAUUUAACAGACUAUAAUUUGUAAGUAGAUAUCAAAACUUUUUAAUGUUAAUUAGGAGAAUUCUUAAAUACAACUUCUGGAGGUUGUACAUUAUGUGAUGUAAUUUAAAACCAAUAUUAAGUGCAAUGGAGUGCUUAGAGUUGUAGUUAUAAAGAUGACUUAAAAAUGAAAUCAAUAGAGUCUUCUAUGAUUGAAUUAAGAUAAAGUUAUUGGAGGGCAUAUUAUUAUAGUUAAACUAUAGAAUAUUGUUACCACUUGACUGAAAAUUGCGAGGGAGGAUGGUAACCAGGAGAUGAAUCUUGCAUUAUUGGACAUAUAGGUGCUUUGUGUGAGUAAUGCGACUUAUAUAAUAUUAGAGGAGAUGGAUCUUACUCUAUAAGUUCUUAAUAUUCAUGUGGAAGUUGUGAAGAUAUUUCUGGAAAUGUAUUAACUAUAUUUUUCAUCAGCAUUUGGACUCUUGUUUCAAUUUUAAUGUCUGUAAGUAGUACUGUUUAAAUGAUUGAAGAAUUUAUUAUUGGAAUUCGAUUAAAAGCAUUUGGGGUCACUGUUGUUAUUAAAUAAGCAUCUACUGCUAUAUUAAUUAAGGUAUUCACAAACUAUCUAUAAAUUAUUUCAACUAUUGGUACAUUUUAAUUACAAGUGCCUUCAGGAUUGGCAUCAAUAGUUAAUAGUGCUGGUAAUCCAAUCGAAUCAAUGGCAUAUUCUCUCGAUUGCUUUUUAAUAAAUGUUUCAGAUAUACUAAUCAUUUACUUUAGAAUUAUCUGGAGUCUAAUGAUGGCAUCUUCAUAUAUCACAGUGUUCUUCACUUUAGGAGGAAUAGCCAUUAUGUUUAACUCUAUAAAAUUCAGAUUCUCUUAUAUUACUACAGCUCUUAUAUAUGUAUUUAUCUACUUACAACCUAAUUUAAUAGGAGGUUUGAUCUCUUUAAUAUCCUAUAGAGUAAUUUCAAAUGAAUAUUGGAUUUAAGGUAAUGUAGCGUAUCGUUAUGAUACAUAUCAGCAUGUUAAAUGGUUAUUAGGCUUUUGCUUUCCCUUAUUGUUACUUUUUGCAGCCAUAAUACCUGCUUACUUGUGGUAUGGAGUAAGAAAGAAUUUGCAUCGUUUAGAUCUUACUAAAGUAAGAUAAAUUUGGGGCUAUUUGUAUAAUGAAUAUAAAUUACAUGCUUAUUAUUGGGAAACCAUCAAAAUCCUUUAAAAAGAAUUAAUCAUUAUUGUAUUAGCUUAUUAUGAGGAUCACAUUCCUAUAAAAGCAUCCCUUGUAUUUUUAGUGCUAUUUGGAUAUAGCUUUUUAACUACCGCUCAAAAACCUUAUAUGUCUGGCGAUCUCAAUUACUUAGACACCCAAUCGACAAUUGCCUGUGCAGUAUCAAUCAUCUUAGGCAGCUCUAUUUAUACAGCCUAAUAAUCAGAUUUAUAAGAAAUAGUGUGGCCAUUCUAUAUCAUUAUUGGAAUAUUAAAUGCCUUAUUUAUAGCAUAAAUGCUUAUUAAAAUAUUAUUUGCUUAUUUUGUCAAAUUGCAUGAUCAAAUUGAUUAAGUAAAAGAUUUUGUUAAAAGUCAUUUUCCUAAUUUUAUAAGAAGACAUCCAUUUUUAUAUGAAUUAUUUGAAAGUAGAAAGAAAAAAUAGGAUAGGAUUCGAGAUAGAUUUGGUAAAUUAAGAAAUUAUCUAAUAGCUUAAGCUAAAAAGAUAUUAGAAUUUAAAAAGUAAUUAAUUAUUAUAUUUUCUAGAUUAAAUAAUUUAGAAAUUCCAGGAAGAAUUAAAACUGAAUUAUAAGAUAGCCAAGAAGCAUUAUAAGAAAAAAAUGUAUUAAAACUUGGAAUUAAUUCUAUAAACAGUCCAUCUAUUAUUCCUUCUGAGAGAGUUGAUUGUAAAAUCGAAGAAAAAUUAGCAAAGUCUAAAUCUCCAAAGGUUUAUCCAGAAUUCCCUAUACGUUACAUCUCAUAAGAUAGUUUGAAAUCCAGUUUUCAUUAAUCCUAAACUUGA